AUGAAACAAGUUAUAUUGGGCUUUGAUGAUUCUGUAAAAAUAGGUGUAGCCAACUAUUCAGUCAAUGAUACAUCAAGCACUGGUUGCACUGUAUUCUUCUUUCCGAAUCAACAAUCAACAUGUGUUGUUGAUGUUAGAGGAGGAAGUCCAGGGUUAUUUCAUGUCUCGGAUGGCUAUCUGGAUGCUAUUUGUCUUUCAGGUGGAUCUUUAUUUGGCUUACAGACAAUUCAUGGAGUUAUGGCUGGAAUUUCAGAACUGAGAUCAAAUCCGUGCAUGUGGAAUCAAAUACCAAUUGUGAAGGGAGCUAUUAUUUAUGACUUUAAAUUGGAUUCUUUUGAUAAGUCUUUUAAAGAAUUGGUUUUUCCUGACAUUGCUUUGGGAAGAAAGGCAUUCAAUUGUGUUACAACUAAUUCAUUUCCUGUUGGAUUGGUGGGCGCUGGAAGUGGAGCAAGAGCAGGUAAAAUGUCUGUAAUAUAUGAUCUAACAACCAAAGAUGAUAAUUUGUAUGCACUUCCAGAACCUUCAGGUCAAGGAGGCGCCUUUGGAUAUUAUGAAUGUAAGGGAGUUCAAGUGAAAAUUGGAAUAUUUUCAGUAUUGAAUCCAGUUGGUUGUAUAUUCAAUAAGAAACAAGAAUGUGUUCUUGGACAUAGGAGCCAAACCAUUAAAGAAAAGAGAUAUGCAACUGAGGAGCUUAUUGACAUGAAUUCAACAGAAAGGAAGGAACAAACCACAACAAGUAAUACCACACUUACAGUUCUAAUCACCAACGUUACAAUCUCUGAUCAAUUAAAAAGACAAUUGGCUAAACAAUUACACUCUGAAAUGAGUACUUUCAUUCGACCUUUCAAUACCCCUGAUGAUGGCGACACAUUCUUCUUUGUUUCUACCAAUGAGUUGAGUGAAAAUCAUUUCAGAUACAUUGACUUUACUUCAUUGGCUUCAAAAUUAUUACCUGAUGCCAUUCUCAGUAUUAUUGAAUAA